AUGGAGUUUGCAGACCAAGUACGAGAACGAUUGCCAGAUAUCGACGAAACUGUUCUGGAUUACAUCGAUGGCUAUGUAAACGAUGAAGACAGUCUGGACGAGGACAUGCGCACUGUCGUUUACCAACUCUUGGAGUCGUUUGCUCGCUCAAGGCCAAAUGUCCUCGAGGAGCUUCUCAAAACUCUUGAUGGGCUCUUGGAACAGAAAUACAAGGACAAACCGCGCAGCAAUGCACCUAAACUUACAAGACUCGAUCGCGUUAUGGAAAUGAGCAAAAGCAGCAUGUCAAAAACUAUUGCUCUGUCGGAAGGUGUUGAUCUCGAGUCUAUUAACAAGUCAAAGGCGUCCCGUGUAGACUUGAAGAAACUAGAGAAGCAAGAACAAAAAAUUCGAUCAAAAUUGGAAAAGAGGACAAAGAGAGAGCUCCUUUACGAAGGCUCAAAACUCAUCGACGCUCAGAAGAAGCAGGCAACAAUCUUACGAGGAAAUGUUUAUGAAGCUACUCAACCACGCCAGGUCAAUUCUCUGGAUGCGACGUUGGGCUCAAAAGGCAAAAGCAAAGAUAUUCAUUUGCCAUCUAUCGACGUUAGCUUUGGAUCCAACCGUAUCCUCGCUGGUGCGAGCUUGACGUUAGCACAUGGCCGCAGGUAUGGCCUUAUUGGACGAAACGGUGUCGGAAAGUCCACUCUACUUCGACAUAUCGCCAUGAGAGAAGUGCCGAUUCCUGCGCAUAUCACCAUCCUCUUUGUCGAACAAGAGAUAGUUGGCGAUGACACCACCGCACUUGACUCUGUUCUCAAGGCUGACGUUUGGCGCGAUCACCUUCUGAAAGAAGAGAACGAGCUUAACUCGAAACUUGCGGAUCUAGAAGGUGGUGACGAUAAAGCAACGGAAGACGCGCGCGAAGAGCUGUCGGCUCGCCUUGGAGAAGUUCACGCUCGGUUGGCUGAGAUGGACGCUGAAUCCGGUCCUGCGAGAGCAGCUUCGCUACUGGCUGGUCUCGGUUUCUCAGAGGCUGAUCAGCAUCUCCCAACAAAAUCGUUCAGUGGAGGAUGGAGGAUGCGUCUGGCACUCGCUCGUGCUCUCUUUGUCAAACCCACACUCCUACUUUUGGACGAACCUUCCAAUCACAUCGACUUGAACGCACUUGCUUGGCUGGAGGACUAUUUGCAGACUUGGGAGAACACGAUUCUAGUUAUCUCACGACCGAGCAUUCUUGCAAGUGGGCUAAAUCGUAUCCGAACCAACCUGAUCAGAUAUAGGGAUGCCGUGGCGACGGAUAUUGUUCAUCAACACUCAUGUCGUUUGGAUUACUACCGAGGGAAUUUUACACAAUUCUACGCGACCAAAUCCGAGCGUGAACGCAAUCAGCGCAAAGAGUACGAGGCGCAAAUGCUUUACCGUCAGAGCCUGCAACAGUUUAUUGAUCGGUGGAGAUACAAUGCCAACAGAGCUGCCCAGGCUCAGGCGCGUAUAAAGAUCCUGGAAAAGCUCCCAGAUUUAGAGCCGCCCGAGGCUGAAGAUACGGAGAGCUUCAAGUUCCCAGAUGUCGACAAGAUCUCGCCUCCGCUCCUUCAACUAUCUGGUGUCGACUUUUCAUACGUCCCCGGAAAGCAGAUCCUCAAAAACGUGUACAUCGACAUUGGGCUCGAAUCUCGAAUAGCAGUCGUAGGUGCAAACGGCGCUGGCAAGUCGACAUUGAUCAAACUCUUGACUGGAGAGCUGCAACCACAGGCGGGUCAUUUGACUAGGAACGGGCGACUACGGAUAGCCUACUUUGCGCAGCAUCACGUCGACCAACUCAUUCCUACAAUGUCGCCUGUCGCAUUUCUGGCUUCCAAGUUUCCGGGCAAGAGUGAACUCGAGUAUCGGUCACAUUUGGGGGCCUUUGGGAUCACGGGUCUGACCGGAUUACAGCUCAUAGGAACACUCUCUGGUGGUCAAAAGUCGCGCGUGGCCUUUGCAGUCUUGUCGCUCCAGAGACCCCAUAUUCUACUCUUAGACGAGCCUUCCAAUCACUUGGAUAUCCAGGGUAUCGAUGCAUUGAUGACGGCUCUUCAAAACUUUAGUGGCGGGGUGAUUGUCAUUUCUCACGACGAGAGAUUCCUGACGACGGUCUCGAAAGAGUUGUGGGUUUGUGCGGACGGGUCUGUCUACAAAUACAAGGGAGACGUGCAAGCAUACAAGAGCUUGAUUGUAAACGAGUUGAAGAAGACUAAGCCCUAA